AUGGGCUCUAUCGUAGAUACUGCCACAGCCGGCCCGGCUUUGGACUUGACAGUCCUUGGAAUGAACAGCGGAACAUCUAUGGAUGGCGUAGACUGUGUUUUAUGUCGUUUUAGACAAGAAGACCCAACACAGCCUGUCAGUUUGGAGUUGCUCAAGUAUGGAGAGACGCCGCUUGAUCCAGCAAUUAAGAAGCGGGUGAUGAAUAUGAUUCUUCACAACUCUACUUCACCAGAAGAAAUUGCAGAGAUUAAUGUGAUUCUGGGAGAGACGUUUGCCAAAGCAGCGUUGGAAUUCAUCAAGACGAAUAACAUCGACAAGUCUUCAAUAGACAUUAUUGGAUCUCACGGCCAAACAAUUUGGCAUAUUCCUCAUCCAAAGGACCAAGUCCGGACAACGCUCAGCAUGGGUGAAGGGGCCAUCAUCGCAGCUCGUACUGGAAUUACUACCGUGACCGAUUUCCGCGUCAGCGAGGUUGCUGUCGGUCGCCAGGGAGCUCCUCUUGUUGCUUUCUUUGACGCCUUGCUUCUGCACCAUCCUACCAAGCUGAGAGCCUGUCAGAACAUCGGGGGCAUUGCCAACGUAUGCUUCAUUCCUCCAGAUACUAAAGGAGAGCUGAAUGACGGAUUUUUCGACUUUGAUACUGGUCCCGGAAACGUUUACAUCGAUGCUGCUGUUCGUCAUUACACUGGUGGAGCGCGGGAAUACGACAAGGAUGGCGAAAUGGGUAAGCGAGGGAAAGUGGAUGAGGGGAUUGUGGACGAAUUCAUCUCCUCUCACCCAUACUUCCAGAGAUCCAUUCCCAAAACAACAGGCCGCGAAGAUUUCCGCGAUACCUUGGCACUGGAGAUAAUUUCCAAAGCUGAAGAAAAGGGUCUCUCGCCAGAUGACGUGGUUGCAACUAUCACGAGAAUCACGGCCCAGUCUAUAGUGGACCACUACAAGUGCUUCGCGCCGUCACAGGAUAUCGAUGAGAUAUUCCUCUGUGGCGGCGGCGCAUAUAAUCCCAACAUUGUGGACUUUAUUCAGAAAUGCUAUCCCGCGACAAGGAUAUACAUGCUUGAUGCGGCUGGUAUUCCGGCUGGUGCGAAGGAGGCCAUCACCUUUGCUUGGCAGGGCAUGGAUGCAAUCGUCGGUCGACCGGUUCCAGUGCCAGACCGGGUUGAAACAAGAAAAGAACAGAUUCUCGGCAAAGUAUCCCCUGGUGAUAAUUAUCGGCAGCUUAUGUAUACGGCAAUGCAGUUUGGGGCGGGGGCGAAGCUAGGAUCAGUGAGGGAUUUGAUCAACGUUGUGGAUGGUAAGGUGAUGGACAACAAGUGGUGA